AUGUCAUCAACAACUGAGGCCCCGGUUGCACCACCGACCAUGUGCGCCUGGGUGCGCCCACGGCGUGGUCCUGCAAGCAGCGCGCUCGAGCUGGCCACCGGCUAUCCCACGCCUGCCGUGCCCACGGGCUCGUCGCCCGACGUCCUGAUUCGCGUGUCACACGUGUCACUACAGUUCAGUUCGGAGAUGUUGAUGAAGACACUGCCUAACCUGCCUCUCACCGGUCCGUGGGUCCCGGAGAUGGAGCUUUCCGGAGAGGUGGUGGCGGCUGGCGAGAACGCGCCGGCAGAGCUGCACGACCUGGGCUCGCAUGUAAUCGCCUUCCUGAACGUUCCUAGCGCCGUGCUCAUGGGCCACGGCGUGCUAGCAGAAUACGUGCGGCUGCCCGGCUGCCAGGUCAUACUUAUUGAUGGCGGUGUUGAUAUGGCAUCGGCCUCGGGCAUUAACUGUUCCGGUAGCACCGCGCUCAAGAUGAUUCGCACAGCAGGUGUGCGCGAGGGUCACACGGUGCUCGUGAAUGGGGCUAGUGGGUCGGUCGGUUCGGUGCUCGUGCAGUUGUGCAAGCUGCGUGGUGCACAUGUGGUCGGCGUGGCCAGCGGCGGCAACGAGGCCAUGGUUCGUGGUCUCGGCGUAGACGAGUUCAUUGACUACCGCAAACAUGACCCCCUGCCAGCCUACCUAGCGCAUCAGUAUGGCGACAAGCCGUUUGACUUUGUGCUUGACUGCGUCGGCACGCAGGCACUCUUUGCCAACUCCCCAGCUUAUCUUAAGGCCAACGGAGCUCUCAUCAAUAUUGGCGCGCUCGAGGGCAUAUGUGUGUCUACGCGCAACGUGCUGCUCAACAGCUGGCUGCCCACCUGGCUAGGUGGCGUGCCACGUCGCUACAUAAUGUUCAGCACGCCGCCGGCGCGUGACGACGCAGUCUACCUAGCUCGUUUGGUCGAGGAGGGUCGCUUGCGUAUCCCAGUCGACUCUGUCUUCGAUAUGGAGGAUGCCCUGCGCGCCUACGAGCGCAUCGCCACCAAGCGUGCGCGUGGCAAAGUCGUGGUCAAGGUGCACAACGGCUAG